AGAAAAACCACUGUAUACCUAUGUGUAUCUGGUUCCUUCACAAGUCUUGGUUUCUUUUUUCAUGUUUAUUGAAAAUUCAGUCACUUUUGUUGGUCUGACACCACUGGCAUCAUUUCUAGCUACACCGCGGACCGUUGUUGAUCACGCUGGCUAAACGAGAAGUAUGGAGAACUAUUCAUUGUUCUCAUCCUCCAUAUCCACAUUUUACCUGGGAAUUUGGCUCCUCACUUUGAGCUAGGGCAAAAAUGUCAGUGUCGAGUUCGCAAUGGCCAGAUUUACGACCCUCAUCCACAAGCCCGCCACCAUAUCAACAAGGGUUGGAAAUCGUUUCAAGAAUUCCAGAUGCUGAGGUUCUUGAAGAUGAAGGGGACAUGAUUUCUGGACAAUAUUCUCCAGAAACAGAAGUUUCUGAUGACGGAACUUACUACACCAACGAUGGCAAACUCUCCGAUUCGGACAGCAAUGUGGAUGAGCACGAGGAAAACCAGCAAUCUGGACGAGAGGAUGAUUACGAUUCAUCAAGAGAUUCUCGUGCACCGGAAAGACCAAACAGAUAUCCUGGUCCUCCGUCAACCUGGCGUGCCAAAACACGACAAGAAAGACACGAAAUAAAUUCUUUAGAAGCACUCCGUGCCCGAGAUCUUUCCAUUCAUUUAUUCAAUGCCUUCGCACUCAAAAGGAGAGCGAUGAGAAUUAAAUCUCAAAAUUCGGAGCUAGAUCAAGAGCCACAGUCUAAAAGCGAAGAAGACAAGACUUCACAAUUCGUACCAACAAAGCAAUGGACUGCAUGGCCUCUACCUACAGACGAAGUGCCAAGAGGAGAUGUACAUGUACCGAGAGACGACUCUGACAUCUGGAAUAUAUCUGGCCCAUCCGACGAACGACCUAGUGCAGAGUUAGAAGAGUGCCUCAUUGCCCAAAUGUUAAAAACCUCGAAAGAAAGAUUCGAAUCUCGAUCGUGGGAAAAGCAACAGCCUCGUGUUCGCAACAGGCACACAAAAAUGGCUCCCGGGACUGAGACUAGCGGUUCCAUAAGUACAGGCGUAGAUGAAUCUGAUAAAGACAUUGCCAUAAAACCCGACAUUCAAUUCCGACCAGUCGUCCAGGCGGAUGAUGACAAGUCAAGAUCUAUGCUCCGGCCAACAGCACGGCACAUUCUCAGCGACCUUGACAAUAUCCUUAUGAGUUUACAUCACGCCCGGCAAGCCUAUGUUUCAACUGUGGAUUUGUCUCACAGCGAGCAUGAAACAGAACACGAGGACGAUUUAACUUCGAGAUCUGUGUCAAGAUCACGGGUCAUAUCUCGCCGCGGCAGAUCGGGCUCCCGAGGCAUAAAACGGUCACGCAAUGCGCCCAUGAAUACGGACCCUCCCGCUACAUCAGACCACGGAGGAGACAUCGAGCUACCUGAUGUCUCUAGUUCCAAAUCACGCGUGAAGAAUCCCCAACGAACAAGGUCAAUUACUCCUCGACGCUCUCGCAGCCGAUCUCCUGGUUCUAGACAAUCCAAAUUAGGUUUACGGGAUUGGAGUGAUAUAGUCGGUAUUGCCUCGAUGUCAGGAUGGCCAACAUCGGUCGUCAUGCGAACAGCGAAGCGCUGUUCUGAACUUUUUGGAGAAGACAUGGCAUUCAACAUUCUAACCGAAGGUAAACUGGAGCUCAACGAAAGGGAUAAGAAGCGCCUGCCAAUGUGGGAAUAUGUCGAGAAGGAGGGAUUGGGUGAAUCCAGUACAGAUGAUGAAAUUCUUGGAUCUUCUAGAAUUGCCCAGAAGCGCAGACGUGUCGGGGAGAUUUACUGUCCUGUGAAGGAGUGUUCUCGCUCAACGAAAGGGUUUUCAAGGACCUGGAACUUAAACCAGCAUAUAAAAAACAGACAUCCCAAUUUUGAGCUUAGAGCCCGCCAAAGCAAAUCUACCCCCCUCACUGAGGAAUCUGGCUGA